UCUUCUUGCACCGCAACGAAAUUUUCUCCAAAGUUCAUACAAGACUGAAGCUGCUCUCGCAAAAGCAACUACAAAAUUUCGGAAGUCGUUACCCAAAUCUCCGAGUAAGAAAGACGCAAUCAUCGAGAAAUUUGUCAAUUCUCUGCGUAAUCAUGAGAACGUUGUCCAGAACAAAGCAAAAUUGAACAAAGGUGGGAGGAAGGGAAUUGCUGAGGAGCUAUGUACUGAAAUAUUGCACUUUUACGAACGAGACGAUGUCAGUCGUAUAUCAGCUAACACGAAGGACGCACGGUUCUAUAAAAAUCCAGAGACUGGUCGGAAAGAGUUGAAACAAAAGCGAUAUUUGGUGCUGACGCUCAAACAAGCCCAUAACAAAUUUUUAAUCGAAAACGCUGGUAAGUGAAUUUAUAUCUCUCUGAACGUUUAAUGCAAAAAAUACGUUCCCACAUAAAACACUGAAUCUUCAUAUCACUUUUCUUGGACCUGCAGAACAAUACCCAGACAAAGUACCAGUGAAGUUAGCGAAAUUCGGAGCAUUGCGUCCUGCACAUGUGAAAUUGGUGCAUGCAACUCCGCAAGCUGUCUGUUUGUGUAUUUACCACGAAAACUUUGAACAGUGCUGCUCUGUACUCAACAAACACCUGCCGCUGUUUCCAGCUUACGGACCGGAAUUGAAACGACUGCUGACAUGCGACGAUCAGAAAAGAGAUUGCUGGUUCAAAUCCUGUGAUAUAUGCAACGCAAAAACGGUUGAAAAGAAGAUACAGGCGCUGAUGAAAGGAAAGGAGAAGAAAAAAAUUUCGUGGUGGCAAUGGGAAAAAGACGAAACGACCAACAGAACAGAAAAGAAGCAAAUAACUGGAACUGUAAAGAAAUUGAUCGAUUACUUCGUCAGUGUUUACAAAUCCUUCCUGAUACAUUCAUUCAUAAAUCGGCAACAACGUGAGAAUUUCGCUGAGGAUUUGAAGUACGUGAACUUACACGACGAUGAGUGCUUGGUUCAAUGUGACUUUGCAGAGAAUUGGACAAACGAAAGCCAGGACGAAGUUUCCAAUGCGCACUGGAACCAAAAACAGAUAAGCCUGUUUACCAUAUCGUUGCGGUAUGGGUGCAAACAAUAUUCGAAAGUCGCCGUGUCAGACAACCUGGACCACAGUAAGGACACCAUUUUUGCGUAUUUGUACAAAACAAUGUCGAUGGUCCCCAAGUACAUUAAUCGCAUACGGUUGUGGACUGAUGGCCCGAGUAAUCAGUUUAAGAACAAGUAUAUGGCGGCCACUAUCAAAGCAUUCGAAACAAAAUUUCAUAAAAAAAUCAUUUGGAAUUACCACGCAACUGCUCAUGGUAAAUCGUGUGUGGAUGGCAUUGGUGCUGUGGUGAAAAAUAAGAUAAAGCGGCUGGUCAAUUCUCGAAAGUCUGUGGUGAAUUGUUCUAGAGAUUUUAUUGAUUCUUUUAACCAAGAGCCAUCGAAUAUUGAGCUUAUUGAAAUGUCUUUCGCCGAUAUCAACAAAAUCAACAAGACGAUGAAACUCGAUACAGUCACCGAAACAGCUAAAACCAUCAAGGACAUUUCGAAAUUUCAUCAACUGCAGUGUGUUGAUAACAAAAUUAAAGGGUUUGUGUUGUCCAAAGAUGGAUACGCAUCGUUACAAUAAUAAAUUGUGAUCAAAAUUACGUGAUAAAAUCCACCAAAUUUCAAAAUUUUAUGAAGUGAACGUACUUUGAAAUUAAUUUCAUUUUGAACUUAUUCGCAUAUUGACUGUCACUCUUAAAAUGGAACCA